AUAUCUGAGCAGGCUAUGGUGUGAGAACCGAUGCUGAAACUAAGUACAGUGCAAUGAUCAUGCUUCUCUCCAUGAUUCCAUUUCUGAUUCUUCAGCUGGCGAAAAUUCUAAGUUCUGCAAGGCGUGCCAUUGUCCUGAUUUCUCUUCUCACUUCGUUUGCUUUGCUAGCCGGUUACUGCACUUAUCAGGUGUUUGAGCCGUGGAUUCAGAACAGGAGACUUGAAUAUUUGAUGCGUAAAUAUAUAGAGAGGAACUUGUUGGGUACACUUGUUUCUCCUAAUGGAAGGCCAGAUGAACUCCAAAUUAAAAGGUUGUUUCAUAAGAUCGAUAAGAAAAAUAAUUCAUUUAUAUCGUCAGCUGAACUUGGAGCCUUCAUACUGGGAAUACAAAUGGAAGAGAUGGGGCUGGACGAAGAAGAUUUCCAGAACAAAAUCAUGCAGGAGUUUGACACCUCUGGUGAUUCCAACAUAAAGGGAACUGAAUUCGUGAGAGGAAUCUCAAAUUGGCUUAACAAGGCAAAUAAUGAUGUAAAACUGUUUCGCGCUCGGGCCAAGGUCAAUAACAACCAACCAUGGUGGAAUUACAUCGAAGCUGCUUUUCUCGUCACUUUGGGGACUACCGCUACCAUCAUGCUCUCUAAGCCCCUAGUGGCGGCGUUCGUCGGAUUCUCGGAGUCGGCGAACGUGCCUUCGUUCAUGGUUUCGUACGUCGUGGUGCCCUUGGCCUUGCAUUUCAGGCAAGGAUUCAGGGCUGUGUCUUCGGCUAGAGAGAAGACCGAAAAGGCUGCGUCUCUAACGUUUUCAGAGGUGUAUGGUGCGGUGUUCAUGAACAAUGUGAUGGACUAUAUAUGCACGAGGUAUUUCAUGGGGUGUGUCGGCUCAGGUUGUGGUAGUUUUACUUGUUUGCACGACGAUGGGAGUUUUGGCCACUUUCAGAACCAAAUUUCAGUUCUGGACAUGUGUUUUGGUGUAUCUGUUAUACCCCCUGUCUUUGCUGCUACUUUAUGUUCUCACCAAUGUCUUGGGAUGGUCUUAAUCUUGCAAAGAUUAGACAAAUUUAUGAAUAUAGAUCUACUUUUCUUUCAGAAGUGGAGGGUAUUAUUUCCUUCAAGAGAAUUACAGUGUUCAAUGAAUAGUCCAUGA